AUGGGCGCCCUCGAGUUCCUAUGCGAUGUGCGAUUCCACAAAAGUUACACUCUCCCACCAAAUCUCGAAACUGGCAGAGACAAGCCAUAUCAUGUCUCAUACGCAGACUAUGGCGAUCCAAACAGCAACGCGGUCGUCCUGUUUUGCGGCGCAUUAAUGGGCACACGUUUCUGCUACUCGCCCCUAGACGAACUGGCCAAGGCACAUAAUGUCCGGAUCAUCCAUCCAGACAGGCCUGGGAUAGGCGGCAGUGAUGCUGUGGAUCUUGAGAAGAGAAUACAAAUCUGGCUAGAAAUGGUCCCCCAGUUGCUGGCUCAUCUUGGGAUCUCACACAUCUCACUCGCAAGCCACAGUGGAGGCGUCAUCUACCUAAUUAACACUAUGCUCACAUAUCCACAUCUCCUACAUCCGCAGAAUCCCUAUGUGACUUUCUUUGCGCCCUGGGUUCACCAGUCGCAUUCCAAGGUCAUGCAAAUGCGAGCAACUGAAUUGCUUCCCGCGCCACUCAUUGGCAACUUCGCGAACCUACUACGAUUUCUCAACGACAACGUCAUCCCUUUGACCGAUCUGAGUGGCAGUCUAGUUCAGGCAAUCAGAGACUCGCUACUCAGUUCACAUACCACGCCUGCUCCGGUCCCAUUAACACCAUCCAACCGUAGUUUUCGGUCGCGAGCGCCUUCAAUCUCGUCGUGCGAGACAUCAAACAGACUCGAUUUAGAUGAUCCAGACACAGUCGAUGAACUGCGGAAAUACAUCAACGCAUUUCUAUUCGCAGAGUCCAUGGAUGGCAUAUCUGCAGAUGCACAACUUUUUCUGAAGAAGCGCUCCAUUCCAUGGUGUUCCUCAAGCAUUUUCUGGUCCGACCUCGACUACGUGGUACCCCUGCUCUCGAAGAUCAUCGAUGAAGAAGAUAGCCUGGAUGGCAGUGGUAGGAGAUGGACUAUCGAUGCUUUCCACGCCGACAAUGAUAACAUGGUAGGCGAAAGGGGCCAGCAAUGGUUCGACGACUGCUGGUCACAAACACAAAGCACUGCACCACAACAGCAACGCACAAAAAGCUACGAGUACAGCAGCGAGGUAGUUGAAGGGACUGAGCACAAUUUCCUCAUGGACCCAGCCUUUGGUGCAAGUGAGCUCUGGCUUCAGCGAGUUAGGGAGUCGUUCCCUCUGACAGUAGAAGAUUACCAGCUUCCUUUCACUACAACGCCUUGUCGGAUUGAUUCAACCAAGACAGACAAGAUGCUGAUAUCGAGCCGAACUACGCAGACUGAAUUCGAAGAUGGGAUGUCAUCGAUAUCUACCCGACAGAGUAGCGAGAGGAGGAGGUCGCUUCGUUUCUUUCUACGCAAGUUCAGGGACACAACGCGACGUACUAUUUCGCGCAGAUCCACGCUGGAGUCACGGCAAGGAGUGCUGAUGAGUAGUUGA